CGACAAUCUCAACGUUCACUACCGCUGUGACUCUUCACUGCUUUACUCCCCGAGCGCACUCGCUGGCCCCUCACUACUCGAAUAUCGCUAUCAACACCACCAGCCCUAGACACAUGUCUGCACAAUAACCCGCCGCGCAGUUGCAACCCGGAGAGCAUGGCUACCUACUCCGCAAUCAGUCCCGAGCCAAACGAGGCAGAUCCCAUGGCCUCGAGCACAGGGUCGCUGGGAGGGAGACGGCGUGGUCGAGGUAAAAAAGAUGCUGGAUUCCAAGGCCAGGCGACGUGGAUAUCAAGUGUGAUCAACCUGGCAAAUACUAUUCUCGGCGCUGGCCUUCUCGCUAUGCCCUCCGCGCUCUCGAAAAUGGGCAUCUUCCUUGGCAUCUUCGUAAUCGCAUGGGCUGGUAUCACAGCAGGCUUCGGCUUGUACCUGCAGACGCGGUGCGCACGAUACGUAGAUCGCGGUCAUGCGUCCUUCGCCACCCUUUCACAACUCACCUACCCAAACCUUUCGAUCCUAUUUGAUGCCGCAAUUGCGACCAAGUGCUUUGGGGUAGCCGUCAGCUAUCUGAUCAUUAUUGGAGAUUUGAUGCCUGGCGUUGUCAUAGGAUUCGUCCCAAGUGCUGGAGAUGUCAACUUCCUGGUUGAUCGGCAGUUCUGGAUCACUGCGUUUAUGCUUAUCGUUAUUCCACUGUCUUUCCUACGCCGUCUGGAUUCCUUGAAGUAUACCAGCAUUAUUGCACUUUUCUCGAUUGCAUAUCUGGUUAUUCUCGUUGUAGCGCAUUUUCUCAAGGGCGACACCAUGGCUGAUCGCGGAGUCGUCCGAGUCUUCGAGUGGGCAGGCCCAGUCUCUGCGCUCGCAGCAUUUCCAGUCAUCGUCUUCGCUUAUACAUGCCAUCAAAAUAUGUUCUCCAUUCUCAAUGAGAUCGCCGAUAACUCUCACUUCCGCACCACCACGGUCAUUUUCGGCUCUAUUGGCGGUGCAUGCGUGCUUUACAUUCUCACCGGCAUCACCGGCUACCUCUCGUACGGCGACAACAUUCGCGGCAAUAUUGUAUCCAUGUACCCGACUGCAGCCGCUAGUACCAUUGGUCGCCUUGCCAUUGUUAUUCUCGUCAUGUUCUCCUACCCACUCCAGAUCCACCCUUGCCGCGCCAGCAUCGACGCAUGCCUCAGGUGGCGCCCACGCCGCAAGACACAACCCGACGGGAGCCCCUCUAGGAACACUCUCAUGAACAACACACCAAAGCUAGGUGGCUUCCAAAGCCGAGAAAUGAGUGACCUAAAGUUUGCCGUCGUAACUACAAUCCUCAUCAUCCUCUCCUUCAUCACCGCAAUGACCGUCUCCAGCCUGGAGAAAGUACUUGCGUACGUCGGCUCUACUGGCUCCACUACCAUCUCCUUCAUUCUGCCGGGCUUGUUCUACUAUAAGAUCUCCGAUCCAGCAUCGCCGCAUCAUCAGCGGCUGAUCAAGGAUGAGGAUGACGAGGAUGAGUUUCACAGUGGGGAGGUGGAGGGCUAUGUAACGAGAGAGGCGCAUGACAAUCGGGACUGGCGAAGGGGCCUUCUACGGACGCUUGCGCUUGUGCUGAGUAUCUAUGGAGUGGUGGUCAUGAUAACUUGUUUGAUCACAAAUACCUUCUUGGUUGCAGCUGCACACUAA